GUUGGAUAGCUCGAUGCCACCUCCUAUAGGGACACUUAUUCAUGAACUGGGCCAUAACGGGCUGGGCAAGGCUGAUAUUGCCGUGCAGACGGUUCUGCUGGCAAUCGGCUUUGUUGCUGUUGGGUUACGGCUAUGGUCUCGGCGAUUGCAAGGAAUUUUGUGGCAGGGGAAUGAUUGGUUGAUAGUGGUAGCGACGAUCUUCAUGGUCGGUCGUUAUAGUGUGGAGCUUGCCUUGAUCUUACUAUGUGGAAUGGGACUGCAUGCAGCAGAGGUUGCCCGUAUCGGAGGCCCCGAGGUCUUUGUGCAAUUCGAUCAGCUCACAUAUGCCGGUGACAUCCUCUGGGUCACAAUAGUUGCAUUGAUUCAACUGUCCGUUCUACAUUAUUAUCUCCGGAGAUUCCCACUGCGAAUUAUCAUGUGGCCAGGUUAUAUCACCAUGGGCCUGUGUACCGCGUUGUGGACUGCGAGCUCAUUUGCAACUGCAUUCUUCUGCACACCACCGAAGAGGAUAUGGUUCGCCGACGUGGAAGGCCACUGUGGAAACCGUAAAAUGCUGCAUUUGGGCUCUUCCGUGGCUGAAGUGAUCCUCCACAGCUUCAUUCUCCUGCUUCCCCUUCCCGUUAUUCGGGAUAUGAUACUUUCCAGGGCUAGAAAGGUUGUACUAGGCUGUAUAUAUGCCCUGGGAAUUACCAUCAUCGUCAUCUCCGCAGUUCGAAUCGAAGUCGAAUUCGACCUUGACCCGGAGGACCCAACCUACGGCUCUGCGCGGAAAUCGCUCCUCUCGAGCAUUGUUCCUCUUCUGGGAAUCAUCGCGGCAUGUUUGCCAAUACUACCUCCGGCAAUUCAGAUAAUCUUUGGAACUUCGGUACUCUCAUCAACAACGGAUGGUAUCUCCACUAGUCCUGUAUCGUCAGGGUACUGGAAAACGACAGUCUUGUCGCGUGCACAGAUGGACGAUCCUGAAAUACCACUGGUUACUGUCACGAUGCCUCCGAUGGCGAAAAAGCUAAGUGAGCUGGCUCACGGGCAGAUUAAAAUUACUUCCGAUUGGGAGAUUCACUCGGCUAGGAAUUCAGCGCGACUGGAACGCGAUUCUAUGCGUCGGGGGUGAUCAAAGGACAUGGACAUUAGAUGGAAUUCAAUAAAGAGUGAGAAUCAAAAUUUGUCAGACAUAGCUGCAGUUAGGGCUCACUGGGUCCCGAGCACGUGCCUUGAAUUGACAAUGUAUUCG